AGUUAGGAGAGCCAUGAGAGUCAUCAAUGUGCUCAUGCUUCAGAGGCAGACUUGCACCAGUCUGUCCCUGCGAUAUAGAUUUCUAGUCAACUGCGGGGCCCUGAUCCUUUUCAUGGUGUUUGUCCACCAGAUAGGGGAGAAAGUUGAAACGUGGAGUCGGAACCAGUCUCGCCACUUUCAUGAGGUGUUUGAGCCGCAUAGUCACAUUCAGAACUGUACAUCAUUCCACAGCAGAGAGUGCACACCCAUGCCAAUCGAUCUGGUGUACACGUGGGUGAAUGGCACAGACGCGACCCUGUUGAGCAACCUGGCAGUGGCCAAAGAGAAACUGGCGGAAGAAUAUCGAGCUCUGAGAGAGAAGCCAAAAUGCCCGCUGUCUCAAUGCAUUUCGGCACCCAUGCUGGUGCUUGAUCCUGCCCUGCCAGCCGGUAUCACCGUUCAUGAGCUGCCCUUGCUGUGGCCCUCCCUUUCAAAUGCAAAGGCGCUGCUGCAACUCAACAAACCACUCCAGCCCUCCAACGCUGUCUCGGUGAUCAUCUUCCAUUCACAGGCUGACGCUGAUAAGAUUUCGACAGGUACGCUCAAUGAAGACAAGAAAUUCUUCAUCUCCAACUGUUACCUGACCACAGAGAAAGAGGCUCCGGGUGUAAUACCAAUGAAGACCCUGGCCUUUAUGAGUGGAUUCCCGGGGUCCUUCAAGGUGUCAGAAGAGCUGCGAGCCAAAUUGCCCACGGCCAUCAUGGACAAGAUCACUGCGUUUGAGUUGUACCCCGAAGCCAACAUCGCUCUGCUGUACCUCAAAAGUCCACAGGAUUUUACUAAUCUCCUCCAGGAGGCUAAAAAUAAUCUGACAGUGGAUGGGAAGGAGUUGGCCAUCAGCCCUGUGUACUUGUUCUGGAACAUGAGUGCCAUCAUGAAGUUUUCACAGAUGCCAUCUGUCCCAAUAAAAGAAGGGCCAAGAGAUAUUCUCACAACCAAUCGCUUUGAAGACAAUGGUGCACUCUGCCAUUCACUGCGCUCCGUGGAGAAAUACGCCCCGUGGGUGCGACAUAUUUUCAUCGUCACAAAUGGGCAGAUUCCUUUCUGGCUGAACAUGGAGAAUCCCCGAAUUUCAGUUGUCACACAUCAGGAAAUCUUCUUGAACCACGACCACCUCCCCACCUUCAGCUCCCCUGCUAUAGAGAGCAACCUCCACCGCAUCCCAGGAAUCUCUCAGAAGUUCAUUUACCUCAACGAUGACGUGAUGUUUGGCAAAGACGUCUGGGUAGACGACUUCUACACCCCAUCGAAUGGGCAGAAAGUCUACCUUACCUGGCCUUUCUCCCAUUGUUCCAAGGGCUGCCCAGGAACCUUAAUAGAGAAUGGGAAGUGUAAUCAAGAAUGCAACAACAUUGCCUGUGACUGGGACGGAGGAGACUGCAAGGCAAGGAAACACAGGUCUGUACGCAGUGCUGGCAAUGGGGAGGGCAUUACAACGAUUGGUGGUGAGCUUCCUCAAGAUAGCACGGCCCAGGCAGCCUCCCAAAAACAAACACCAGAACAAACGUUUUUUAUCUUGAAUGAGGACAAGAGACGUUCUGAAGUGGAAGUGUCCAGUGCUGCUGCAUCUCUAGUGAGGGGGAAGGUCCAGGAGUUUGUCCCUUCUGUUGAAGGCUUUCUGUUCUGGGAGAAGACCAAGUACCUCCAGGAGGAAGAUGAACGUCUACAGAGAGUGCUAAUGUAUGAGACCAAUGGUGCAGCCAUUGGCCGAAAGCUGCAGAACAGUUUUACGGAAUCGCUACGAUAUGUUGACAGGCUGUACAACCGCAAGUUUGGCAUCAUGUCCCGAAAAGCUAUCUCACAUACGCCCCACAUGAUUGACAAGUUUGUCAUGCAGGAGCUGCAGGACAUGUUCCCAAAAGAAUUUGAGAAGACCUCCAGCCACCAUUUGCGCCACUCAGAUGACAUGCAGUUUGCCUUUUCCUACUUUUACUUCCUGAUGAGCGUCAAGCAGCAGGCUAACAUUUCAGAGGUGUUUGACACAGCGGACAAAGACCAGUCUGGUGUUCUGUCGGAUAGUGAGAUUGAAGCCCUCGCCAUGAGAAUCCACAAAAAACCGCUCAAGCCUACGGACUUGAAAAGUUUGGAUAAUGAAUUGAUCACCUGCUCUAAAACGCUUCCAAAUAAAGUCACGCAGAACCACCGAGUGAAACACAGUCAAGAGGUCUACAUUGACCAAAACAUGCCUCAGAUCACAAAAGAUCUCCUCCUGAACUGCAAGACUGUCACAGGUCGCAUUCGUCAAGCCUUCACAGACAAGAAGAAGUACAAAUAUCAGAUAAUGGGGGAGCAGGAGAUACAUUUCAGGUUAAUUACCAACAACAUGGUGAGCGCUCUUCGUCACUUUAAAGAGGUUCGGGCCCAACCAAAAAAGUUCAUCUGCAUGAAUGAUGACAUUGAUCACAGCAAAAGCAAUGCCAAGGAAGUGAAAAUUAAGCUGGCAGAAUUCUACGAAGCCAUGUUCCCACAGCCAUCCCAGUUUGAACUGCCCAAAGACAAGACCAACAGGUUCCUGCACAUGGAUGAGCUCCAGAAAUGGCAAGCUUACCAGGACAAGCUGAGGUUCUACAGAUACUGUGCAAUUGGGCUCCUCAUCAUCUUCAUGCUCAAGUUCAUCUCAAAAAGAUGACUUCAAGUACCAGAAACCUCAGCAAAUGUGAAAAAGGCAGACCCCCCCAGUGCAGUGGAAAGGACCCAGCCUCAGAAGAAACCAAAGGUCCCUGUGCAUUCAAAUAUCUUUACGUGGUGAUGAACAUUUUGAAGGAAAGGCCCAGAAGAAGUCCUCAAAUGCACCUUUUCAUCACUGGUGGCAUUUGAGACGUUUACAAAUCGACGUUACCAUGUGAAGCUGUGAAAUCUUUUGAUAAACAGUCUCAUAUUUUUUCCAUUCAUCCAUUUUCCACUCUGCACCCGCACAACUAUCAACAUUCAAGGAGAUAACGUAGCAUUUACCAGCUGCACGAGUGUUACAAUAUUAAAAAUCACUCGGUACAAUGCACUGCAAACUACAAUCUUAAAACAUACAGUGGAGGAAAUAAUUCUUUGAUCCAAAACUGAUUUUGUAGGUUUACCAUCUUACAAAUAAUAUUGUACAGUAACAGUCGAUCGUAGAAAAAAAGAGCCUGAAUAUCAACAAAAAAUCCUGACAAAAAUAAUUAAAUAAAGGUUAUAAAUUAAUUUGUGUUUUAUUGAGUGAAAUAAUAUUUGUAUAUGAAGUAGUAUUUGUCCCCCAAUCAAAACAUGACUUAGUACUUGGUGGAGAAACCUUUGUUAGCAAGCACAGAUGUCAGAUGUGUCAGGUCACUAGAGUUGCGCACAUUUCAGAAAGGAUUUUGGUCCACUUCUCUUUACAGAUACUCUACAAAUUUGAAGGUUUUGAGGCUAUCACUUGGGAACUUGAAGUUUGAGUUCCCUCCACAGAUUCUCAAUGGGAUUAAAGCACGAAGACUGGCUAGGCCAUUCCAGGAUCUUAAUAUGCUUCUUCUUGAACCACUCUGCUGGUCCGUGUGCAUUGACGGCAUUGAGUGCAACUGCUCUCUUUAAAAGUACAGUCAAACCUGUCUUAGCAGCCACCUUUAUAGAACAGCCACCUGCCUAUAGCAGCCACUGAAAAAUCCCCCGCAGCAAAUUUACAUGUUAUAGACCCUGUGUAUAGCAGUCACCUGUCCAACGCGGCCAGCGGCCACCCAUUUUGUCUCCCUUGGUCAAUUUCUGACCGCAUAUAGUGGCCAAAUUACCGACUUAAGUAGAAGCUUCAUGCACGAAAAAGUUUUGGUUUUCAAUCAGUGAAGCCGUCAUGUGUAGACUUUAAUUACUGAGUCCGAGCUCAGUCACAAUCAUUCACAAGAUCCACACAAACUGUCAGUUGUUCCACAUAAAAAAGCCGUCUUCUUUUGAGCUUGCUAUUUCCUGGUCAAACAUGUAACUUUAAGAGCAUUUGCACCAAAACAUUACCGCAAAGUAGGCUGGGAACAGGACGUGCUCCCAGCGACGCUACAAUAAAAAAAAACAUACACUAGCAUGCAUGCGGCAGCGGGAGCAAAACUGAGUUCGGUUGUACUUAAUUGAAGUAUUUUAGAAUGUACUCACGUUAUUUUUCAUCAAUCCUCAUCCACAAAUCCAUCAAAGUCCUCAUCUUCUGUAUUCGACACAAACAAAGCCGUCUUCUUUUCCGUUCGCUACUAGUCUGUUAACUUGUCAGUGUUAUUCAGCUCCGAAGCAAAGAAGGAAACUUCUCCUGUUUCUUCUACCAACUUUAUUUAUUGAACGCGGCCACCAGACAGCAGCUCAGAACACACACACAUCUCUCAGCAUCGUCUCUCCUUCCUGCUUGCCCACAAGGCAAAGGUUAAACAAGCCCCACUACAUAGCUGUCCAGCCAAUGCCUGUAAGAAAUGACACUGUUUAUUUCCUGGUGUGCACUGGUCAAUACUGUAAUGCCGCUUGUUGUGGGGAAGGAGAGACUCACGUCGCCGAUGCACUUUAAUGGCUUUAUUAACAGCGGAGAACACUGCAGGACUUUACAUCCACGCCAACAUAAACACACUUCCCAACUCUCUCCAAACUCACAGCUAGCACUGAGCCUAGCUCUCCUGCUCGGGACGCCCACCGUCACUUCCCGUCACUUCCUGAUGAACUAAAGCUGUAAUGACACUCUGCCGUAUAAAAAGUAAAAUAUUAAAAACAAGCGUAAGACAUUACUAGCACAGCUUUGUUCUGUGGGUGGUGGAUAUAUUCUAUCAGUUAUUAUUAAGCCUCUAGCUUCCUUUUAGUAAGUAAAAACCUCGGCUAUGAUUGCACUACAUUGUCAUGUAGACCUACAAAGUACACUUGGAAGAACAAGAGGUGAAUAAAUGUAUUGCAACUGAUGUGAAACUGAUGAGGGGUAGGAUUAAAUAAGCUUUGCUUCUUCCUACUCCUUUUUGGACAUGCAAAAUUGUGAAUUGUACUAUGUGAUGUGCUACUGUUUGACUCAUAUGCAUGUUCAGGAUGAAUUAAAAUCAUGAACCAUGAACCAUGAUAAUAACAAGCCU